AGAGAUCAACGAGUGUGAUUCCGGUCCAUGCAGCACUAACGCCGAUUGUGCAGAUCACGUCAAUAGAUACAGUUGUACCUGUCGAGCUGGAUAUACCGGCAAUGGAAUAACGUGUACAGAGAUCAACGAGUGUGAUUCCAGUCCAUGCAGCACUUUUGCCGAUUGUGCAGAUCACGUGAAUAGAUACAGUUGUACCUGUCGAGCUGGAUAUACCGGCAAUGGAAUGACGUGUACAGCAAUCAGCGAGUGUGAUUCCAGUCCAUGCAGCACUAACGCCGAUUGUGCAUAUCACUUGAGUAAUUACAUUUGUACCUGUCGAGCUGGAUAUAGCGGCAAUGGAAUGACUUGUACAGAGAUCAACGAGUGUGAUUCCAGUCCAUGCAGCACUAACGCCGAUUGUGCAGAUCACGUCAAUAGAUACAGUUGUACCUGUCGAGCUGGAUAUAGCGGCAAUGGAAUAACGUGUACAGAGAUCAACGAGUGUGAUUCCGGUCCAUGCAGCACUAACGCCGAUUGUGCAGAUCACGUCAAUAGAUACAGUUGUACCUGUCGAGCUGGAUAUACCGGCAAUGGAAUGACGUGUACAGAGAUCAACGAGUGUGAUUCCGGUCCAUGCAGCACUAACGCCGAUUGUGCAGAUCACGUCAAUAGAUACAGUUGUACCUGUCGAGCUGGAUAUACCGGCAAUGGAAUGACUUGUACAGAGAUCAACGAGUGUGAUUCCAGUCCAUGCAGCACUUUUGCCGAUUGUGCAGAUCACGUGAAUAGAUACAGUUGUACCUGUCGAGCUGGAUAUAGCGGCAAUGGAAUGACGUGUACAGAAUGUUCCUAUGACUGCGCCAAUGUCUGUGAUGGGACAGCUACCCUGGAUUGUAACAGCACCUGUUCAGGGGGAGACACUGGAGUGACACCGAAGAUGGAGGAUGCUUGUGAAGUGUGUGAUGGUGAUGGUACAUCCUGCAUCGCGGUCACCGCCGUCAGGCCUACACUAGUCCGCGCAGACCAGGAUCAGGCUUUGGCAGUGACUGGCACCAGCUUGUCUUCGACAUCGGUGCAGUGUGUAGCCAAACUCACAGGAUCGACAACAGAACACCGGGUGCCCAUAACAUCACGUAGUAAUGUUACGUACAUUGAAGUCAGCAUUGAAGCAUAUGCAUUAGAAGCUGGAGAGUACACGCUGUACUGUAGGGUGACGGCCACUGCAGCCCUGGGUACCAGUAGGGGGACGUUCACAGUCUACGAACCAUCAGAGGUCACUGGCAACCCGACGUGUGUCAUCACUGGACCUACCUCGAUCGAUACGUGCACUGAUUUAUUGAUGAACGGGGUCAGCAGUCGAGGAGGGGGCGUCUAUGGCUUGUUCUACACUUGGACCAUUUCUCCUAACUCAAGUGUGACAUUUACUGAACCCCUGGAUGGCUAUGCCAGUUGGACGGGCCUCGUGGCCGAUACUUCUUACACAGUGGCUCUGAGGGUGUGUACAAUAUUCGACACAUGCUCAACGUGCCAGGAGACAGUAACGAAGACAUCGGCUUACCCUCCCGAAGUCAGCAUUGAGACAGUCGUGGACGUUUCUACUGCCCCGGCCAACAGAGAAUUUGAAUUGUUCGGACUUGCCUGGCCCUCCUUUUGCCCGGGAGCACCUGAAGAGACAGACUUGAAUUACAGGUGGACGUUCAGUAACACCCCUGGGCUGACCAUCAACACCGACAGACAGGAUGACCAAGUGUAUCAAGUCCGGGCGAGAGAUUUCCCACCUGGACAAACCAUAACGGUAACCUUGACGGUGUCCCUGGCAUCAAACACCUCAGUGUCAGCAGCAAGGCAAUUGACAAUCGUUGUAGCCAGCAGUGACCUGGAGGUGUUUAUAGAUGGUGGUGAAGAACGCACGGCUAGUGUCAACAGUGGACUGCAGGUGUUCGAUGGCUCUCAUACGGAGGACCCGGAUGACCCGACAGCUACGUUGGUGUACUCGUGGUCAGCAGCCGGAAGUGACAGCAGUGGAAACAGUAUUGGCUCUUGUGUUGAACCCGGUGCAUCAACAGACGGCCCGCGACUGUCAAUAGAUCCGUCCUUGUUCUCGGCGGGGACGCAAUGUGCGGUAAUGCUCACUGUUACUGCAGGGGCUAAAACCGGCUCAAUGAAUGUCACCUUUGACAUCGUGAGUGGAACUUCACCAGUGUGUUUUGCAACGAACAAUCGACCAAAGGUGCGGCCAGGUGACCGGACAUUGGUUGUGGUCACCUGCACGUCAUCGACAGCCAUCAGGGACGCAGUGUGGUCAAGCCAGACACGUGGGGACGUCAAGGCACUGGACCUAGACGCAGCAAUAGCUGACCAGUACACAGACGCACUGCCUGACAACAUAUACAUGAUGUUCCUGGUAAUCGGAAAAGACGUUAUUGAAGGCGGCAACAAGUACAAUCUACAGGCUACAAUAACGGAUGUCAAUGGCGGCCAAACCAAGACAACGGUUAUUCUGAACGUAAUUAAGGGACUAUCUGGCGGCCAGCUCGCAUGUCCAUCGUCUUACACCGAGCUCAGUAAGAUAUCAGUCACAACAAGGAAGGUGGACGGUGAGGGCGGACUGACGUACAUGUUGCUGGUCCAGACCUCCCCCGGCCAAUACAUGGGGUUGUCACAGAAACAGAGCACAGGGGAUUUCAGUGUUAUUGGCCCACCUGCCUACAACGGUGCAGGGAAUAUCUUCCAUGUUGAGGUGUGUGUGGUAGGCGAGAACGGGCUGUGCAAGACACUGAGUUGCGUGGUGCCAACAGUGAACGCUGUCUCGGGGACUGACGCGGUUGUUGCGGAAAUCAAGGCAGAGAUCAAUCGACUCAAGUCGCAAAGCCGUUCCAUGGAAGCCGCAGUUCUUCUUGGUACACUGUACGGGAAGACAGCAGAGAGCUCCCUUGCAGCAGACCUUGUUUCCCUGGUCAGUGACAUAGCCACCAAGAGGACUCUGAACGAUGCCUCCGCAAGCACUUUCCUCGACAUCCUGACCUCAGUCCCACCCCAGGCGUUCACAGCUGCCGAAUUUGCUACUCUCGCGUCUCAGAUAGGGAACGUGGCCGACUACUUCAUCAACAAUGACGUCAAAGUCCCGGAACGUUACCUCGCUCGCCUGAAUGCCUGGAUCUCUGAAGCUAAGGGUGCAGGUGCUUCCAGUACUGGGAUCGCGACAGUAGAGGCUAAAGCUGAUUUAGCGGCAACCUCUGGCAUUGAAUAUGGAAACUCAGCUACUUAUGACCUGACGUCAUCUCUGCUGAGCAUCGUCAAUGACAUACCAGGGGACGACUUGAAGGUCAAGGACGGAAGCAACAACGACGUCAAGAUAAACUUCGGUGAAAGUGUCAGAUCAAAGCUUGGCUACAAGAACGUGGUGAUCAAGGUCACCUCCUUCAAAACCACCCCACCGGCUGUCACCCAGUCGUCUUCUCGCCAUAGCGCCAAUCAUUGACAUUUCCUUUGUGGACCCGUCUACAAAUGAAAAGAAGUCGGUGACAGGGCUACAGAAGCCAGCGUCCAUCGCCAUGGCCUUGAACUCGGACCAGGCUAACCAGGGUCAGGUGGCUCAGUGCGUGUACUGGGAUACUGCUA